AUGAGCUUCCGGUCGGGCUCACCUGCCCGCUCCGAGAAUGAACUCGAUAUCGGCAGCGCACUGUUUGGAGGAGAUGAUGGCAGCGCAGACGACCGAAAUGGCCAGCUUCAAGGACAUGAUCUGGAUGUCAUGGCAGACGUGUCCGGCACUGACGACGAAGCCAUCAUCGCCGCCCAACAAGCCGCCUCAAACCGGAAGGCCACAAAUUUAAAAGGACGGACCGUGAAAAAAGGCGGUGGCUUCCAAGCUAUGGGCCUCAAUGCCAAUCUGCUCAAGGCUAUAACGAGGAAAGGCUUCUCGGUCCCUACACCGAUCCAGCGCAAGACGAUCCCUUUGCUGCUCAAUGACAAGGACGUGGUGGGCAUGGCGAGAACGGGUUCUGGCAAGACCGCCGCUUUCGUGAUACCCAUGAUCGAGAAGUUGAAGGUUCACAGCACGAAAGUCGGAGGAAGGGCUCUGAUCCUGUCGCCAUCAAGAGAACUGGCUUUGCAGACAUUGCAGGUGGUCAAAGAACUCGGCAGAGGCACCGAUCUACGCUCUAUUCUGCUCGUCGGUGGUGACAGUCUGGAGGAGCAGUUUUCUGCCAUGGCGAACAAUCCAGACAUCAUCAUUGCCACUCCGGGGAGGUUCCUCCAUCUGAAAGUUGAAAUGAACUUGGACUUGUCAAGUAUCCGGUAUGCCGUGUUUGAUGAGGCCGACCGGCUGUUCGAAAUGGGGUUCGCCGCUCAACUGACUGAGAUUCUUCAUGCUCUACCGGCUUCGCGACAGACUCUGCUCUUCUCAGCCACGCUCCCAAAGUCACUGGUCGAAUUUGCCAGGGCAGGGCUGCAAGAUCCCGUAUUGGUCCGUCUGGAUGCGGAUAGUAAGAUCUCACCGGACUUGCAAAAUGCAUUCUUCACCCUGAAAUCAUCGGAGAAAGAAGGUGCUUUGCUACACAUCCUUCAAGAUAUCAUCAAGAUUUCGACGAGAUCCCAGCUUGUCAGCUCGAGCGAGACCUCCACGAGCACAGCUAAAGCUGGCAAGAAGCGGAAAAGACAAGAAGCAGAAACAGCAUCAGACAGCACAAACAAAGCCUCCUCCAACCCCUUCUCGACCAUAGUGUUCACCGCCACAAAACACCACGUCGAAUAUAUCGCCAACCUUCUCCUCCUAGCCGGGUACGCAGUGUCCUACGUCUACGGCUCCCUCGACCAAACGGCUCGAAAAUCACAAGUCCACAACUUUCGAACAGGCCAGACAAACAUCCUCGUGGUGACCGACGUUGCGGCUCGCGGAAUUGAUAUUCCUGUCUUGGCCAACGUGAUCAACUACGAUUUCCCUUCUCAGCCGAAGAUUUUUGUCCAUCGCGUGGGUCGCACAGCAAGGGCCGGACAGAAAGGGUGGAGCUAUAGUCUUGUACGAGAUGCCGACGCGCCAUAUCUGCUUGAUCUGCAACUCUUCCUCGGCCGGAAAUUGGUGGUCGGCAGGGCGGGCGGUGGCAGCGUGGAUUUCGCCCAGGAUAUCGUGGUCGGGAGUCUGCGACGUGAGGACCAUCAGACGAGUGCGGAGUGGGCUACAAAGGCGCUAGAAACGGACACCGACCUUUCCGCUCUGCGCAAUGUGGCAUCAAAAGGCGAAAAACUAUACCAACGGACCAGAAACUCGGCCUCGUCGGAGAGUGCGAAGCGGUCGAAACAACUCGUCUCUUCUCCCGGGUGGGCCGAGCUGCAUCCUUUAUUCAACAACCAGGAGGAUGACAUGGAAGUCGAGAGGGAGAAGAUGCUGACCCGAGUGGGCAACUUCCGACCGCAAGAGUCGAUCUUUGAAAUUGGUGCGCGACGUGGAGGUCGCAAGAACAACGAAGAAGCCGUGGAUGCGAUCCGACAGAUCCGAUCAGGCUUGGAGAACAGGAAGCAAAAAGCUGCAGACGCGGCGCAAGCACGAUCAGCCCCUGAGGACGACGUAGCCUCUACGCAGGCAGUUCCGGACUGGCAUGGGGAAUCCGAAGACGAAGAUGACGGCCAUCACCCCGACGCAGACGCCAUGUCCGAAGCCUCCUCCACCGACCUCGAAGUCACAUUCUCGGAGCCGUACGCCAAAAAGCCCAAAUCUAAUGCCCAGUCGUUAGCAAAGUCCCGCUCGGGCCCUGAAGGCACCAACUUCCGCGACCCCUCAAACUACAUGUCCUACCUGCCGACCACGCAGGAUCUGACCUCGGACCGCGCGUACGGCGUGCACACCGGCAGCAACACGUCGAACUUCAUCGAGUCCGCCCGCUCGGCCACCAUGGACCUCGGCGCGGACGAAUCGUCCAAGACCUUCGGCGAGAACAGGCAGGUCAUGCGCUGGGACAAGCGGCACAAGAAGUACGUGCGCAGGGAGAACGACGACGACGGGUCCAAGGGCCGAAAACUCGUCCGUGGCGAAUCCGGCGCCAAGAUCGCGGCCAGUUUCCGCAGUGGACGGUUCGAGCGGUGGAUGAAGUCGAACCGCGUGGGCAGGAUCGGUAGGGUGGGCGAAGAGGAGAAGAACACCAGUGGCGGUGGGAUGGCAGCAGGAGGUGGGCACAGCAACAUGCGAGGCAAGCGGUUCCAACACAGGACGUUGAGAGCGCCAAAAGCGCCAGACAAGCUGAGGGGCGAUUACGAGAAGCAGGUCCUCAAGGCGAAGGGCGCGAAGGAUCGCGCGGAUCAGAACCCUGGUCUGGGCAACGCCACCGCUCCGACGAGGAACGGCAAGGGCAAGGGAGGAAAGGGGGAAUUGAGGUCCAUCGACAAGAUGGUCAAGGAGAGGAGGUUGAAAGAGAAGAGGAGGGAGAAGAAUGCCCGGCCGAGGAGGAAGAGGGUGUAA